AUGGACGCCGAUCUCUAUGAUGAAUUCGGUAACUACAUCGGACCCGAUUUGGACUCCGAUGAUGAUGAUGAUGAUGUACCAGUACCAGGAGAUGAAGACGAUGAACAGAAUGAUGAUGAUCAAGAGCAAAUGGAUGAUGACGCCGAAGAAGUUCUGCAGAAUCAGAUCGUAUUGCAUGAGGACAAAAAAUAUUACUCAACAGCCCUUGAGAUUUACGGAGAGAAUGUUGAAACAUUAGUUCAAGAAGAAGAUGCACAGCCUUUAACUGAACCUAUUAUUAAGCCUAUGACACAGAGGAAGUUCCAGGCUAUUGAACACAACUUGCCUCGCACCACUUACAAUAAGGAAUACUUGGCUGAUUUAAUGGAUUGCCCUCAUGUAAUAAGAAAUAUUGCUAUCGCUGGACAUUUGCAUCAUGGAAAAACAACGUUCAUUGACUGUUUGAUGGAGCAAACUCAUCCUGGGUUCUUCCGUGGUGAAGAAAAAGAAACUAAAUACACUAGUACUUUGUUCAUUGAACAACAACGUGGAUGUUCGACCAGAGCAAUGCCCAUCAGUAUUGUUAUGCAAGAUACUCGACACAAAAGUUACUUACUCAAUAUCAUUGAUACCCCAGGACACGUUAACUUCUCUGACGAACUGACCGCAGCUUACCGUUUAGCUGAUGGAGUUGUUGUUAUUGUUGACGCCCACGAAGGAGUCAUGAUGUCAACUGAGAGAGCUGUUAAGCAUGCCAUUCAAGAACGACUUCCAGUUGUUCUUUGUAUUAACAAAAUUGAUCGUCUUCUUCUUGAGUUGAAGCUUCCACCUGCUGAGGCUUACUUCAAAAUUCGCAUGAUUAUUGAUCAAGUUAAUGCUCUUUUGAAAACUUUCUGUGAAGAUGAUGCUCCGGUUAUGUCACCAUUGUCUGGAAAUGUUAUUUUUGCCUCCAGCAGAUACAACGUUUGCUUCUCCCUUCUCUCCUUUGCCCAUGUAUAUGCCAAACAACACGCUGGUUUCGACCCUAAUGAAUUCGCAAGAAGACUUUGGGGAGAUAUCUAUUUCGAUAAAAAGACAAGAAAGUUCUCUAAGAAACCUUUCACUGGAGCAAGUCAGAGAACCUUUGUUGAUUUCAUUCUUGAGCCUAUCUAUAAGAUCUUCAGUCAGAUUGUUGGAGACGUUGAUACUUGCCUCCCUUACAUGAUGAAUGAGUUGGGAAUAAGAUUAAGCAAAGAGGAACAGAAAAUGAAUGUCAGACCUCUUAUUGCCUUAGUAUGCAAGAGAUUCUUUGGUGACUUCACAGCUUUUGUCGAUCUUGUAGUCAAAAACAUAAAGUCCCCUCAAGAAAAUGCCAAAACAAAAAUUGAACAGACCUGGCUGGGACCCGCUGACAGUAAACUUGCUCAAGAGAUGUACAAAUGUGACGCUAAUGGUCCAUUGAUGGUUCACACUACUAAGAAUUACCCGACAGACGAUGCCACAUCAUUCAGAGUCUUUGGAAGAGUUUUGAAUGGAACUCUGGAAGCUGGAGCUGAAGUACGUAUACUCGGAGAAAAGUACAGUAUUCAAGAUGAAGAAGAUUGCCGCAGUCUACCAGUCGGGCGUCUCUGGGUUCAUAUGGCUCGGUAUCAAAUCGAAGUUAAUAGAGUUCCUGCUGGUUGUUGGGUACUCAUUGAGGGAGUCGAUCAACCGAUUGUGAAAACCGCCACCAUUGCUGAGUUACAUUAUGAGGAAGAUAUGUACAUCUUCCGUCCUCUGAAGUUCAACACCAAGAGUGUAGUCAAACUUGCUAUCGAACCAAUCAAUCCCUCAGAAUUACCGAAGAUGCUCGACGCUCUGAGAAAGGUUAAUAAAUCUUAUCCUUUGUUGACCACCCGUGUCGAAGAAUCUGGAGAACAUGUUAUUUUGGGUACAGGUGAACUCUAUAUGGACUGUGUUAUGCAUGAUUUGAGAAAGGUUUUCUCCGAAAUCGACAUCAAGGUAGCAGACCCUGUUGUCACUUUCUGCGAAACUGUUGUUGAAACAUCUUCCCUCAAAUGUUUCGCUGAAACCACCAACAAGAAAAACAAAAUCACCAUCAUUGCCGAGCCUUUGGAGAAAGGAUUGGCCGAAGACAUUGAAAAUGAGGUUGUUCAAAUUGGUUGGAAUAAAAGAAGACUUGGAGAGUUCUUCCAAACUAAGUACGAUUGGGAUCUUUUGGCUGCUCGUUCUAUCUGGGCUUUCGGACCAGAUACAUCUGGACCUAAUGUUUUUCUUGAUGACACUCUUCCUUCAGAAGUUGAUAAACAUCUUUUGGGAUCUGUUAGAGAAUCCCUGGUUCAAGGUUUCCAAUGGGCCACUCGUCUUGGACCACUUUGUGAAGAACCAAUCAGAAAUGUGAAAUUCAAGAUGCUCGAUGCUUCUAUUGCUAAUGAACCCUUAUAUAGAGGAGGAGGACAGAUCAUCCCAGCAUCAAGAAGAUGCGUCUACUCUGCAUUUUUGAUGGCAACACCACGCUUGAUGGAACCUUAUUAUACUGUAGAAGUAAUUGCACCAGCAGAUUGUGUUUCAUCAGUAUAUAACGUUCUCGCCAAGAGAAGAGGUCACGUAAAUAAAGAUGCUCCACUUCCCGGUUCACCCAUGUACACUAUUCAAGCUUUCAUACCUGUUAUGGACUCCUUCGGAUUCGAAACUGAUCUGAGAACACAUACUCAGGGUCAAGCUUUCUGUUUGUCAGUGUUUAGUCAUUGGCAGAUUGUACCUGGAGAUCCACUGGAUAAGUCUAUUGUGAUUCGCCCUCUUGAGCUCCAGCCUACUCCUCAUCUUGCUAGAGAAUUCAUGGUGAAGACAAGACGACGCAAAGGAUUACCAGAGGACGUAUCUGUCAACAAGUUCUUCGACGAUCCUAUGCUGCUAGAGUUAGCCAAGCAGCAUGAUUUCGCUGGCUUUUAA